UGUCAUUGGUCAAAGUGACAGAACCACGUGACUGAAUCUCUUUCUGAUAGGCUAUCACUCAGGUGACCCGUUAGUUUAAUUUCGGCCACCGUCUUGUAUGUAAGACCGUGAUUUCGGCUCAAGUGCAGAAGAAUUCACAGAAUCGAAAUAAGACCGAUCAACGAAUCCGUCCCUUUGGCUUGAAACGUGUCUUUGGGGUAAAAUUCGCUACUUUGGAAGUACGUAAUCGAAUUGGGCACCAUGGCUAAGAGAAGCGAAAAACGGGAGGUUCCGAUGCUGCUCAGAAAAAUUUUAGCCAGCGAUGCCUACCUCACAAAGCUUUUUAUCAAUACUAUGGACAAUUUCAUGCCUUUUAGACAGGUUAAAGUUCACUACAAGAUGCUUGAGGUUUCCUGCCACGGUGUACCUUGGAUAGCCUCCUGGUUAGCUUUUGUUUGGCUAUUGAACAGCAGCAGCUUAUACCAGAUGCAGGUCAACUUCAUGAUAGGAUUACUUUUGGACAUAGUUGUCGUCGCGCUGAUAAAAGCUUUGACACGUCGGCGUCGUCCAGCCUUCAAUGACGACCCAUUCGCCAUGGGGCCAGACAAGUUUUCCUUCCCUUCUGGUCACGCAUCUCGUUCAAUGUAUGUUGUUUACUUCUUUUUCAAUUUGUGGCCAGUAAAUUGGAUAUUUCGGCUUCCUAUGUUAGCGUGGAUGGUUUGCGUUUGUCUGUCAAGAGUCUUGCUUGAGAGACAUUACUUGUUAGACAUCUUAGCUGGGGUAUUUUUAGGGUUUGUCGAAGGAUUUUUCAUUGGUCUUAUUUAUCUUGACCACGAUACCUGCGUUUCUCUAGUAUCUUGGAUUUCUGAUGAGAAAUUAGAGGGUGGUGAAUAUCACGUAUGAGAAAAAAAUAAAUAAAUAGCUCACAGAAAGAACAACGAAGAAAAGAAUUUAUACGCAUGGUUGCUAUGAAUUUAUUUUUGUCAGCAAUCAAUCGAUUUCUACGUUAAUGUGUAUAUACUAUUAAUUUUUUUUUCCAUUUCUCAAAGCUGAAUUAUUUAAUGGCUAAGCCUUCUCCAAUGUACUGUGAUUAUUAUUAAGUAACCGAUUGAACGUUUGUUGCUGUGAAUAUGAGAAAUUUCAAGUUUAGUCAUAAUAUUGUGGACAUUAAUUAUUAUUGAAGGAUGAGAGGAACUUGAUUCUUAGCCUAGUAUACAAGGCUUUCAUUUAUUAUCGGCUGAGAUCGAUUCUCUUUCAUCUUCCGAAGAGGUUUCUUUACUAAGAUGAAAGUAAGAACGAAAACGUGAAUUUUAAACACCACUGAUAAAUAUUUUUUAUAAACCAUUUUACUUUUUUCUUCAAAUCGUAUUUUACUUAUGAUAUUUACGUAAGAACGAAUUUGAAAAUGUUAAUACAAUUAUUGCUGUUAAUAAUAUUAUUAUUACUACAAA